CGCAUAUUUUAAUCCAACCACAUCAUCCGCCUCUUGGAGUUGGAAACAAUGGCGGGCGAGGUUUUGUAACACAAACUGAUGAUUUUGUCAAACGGAACUUCAGUCACGUGCCAAUUCUAUUUCCACUUAAUCUUCCCAUCUUUGCCAUUGAUGGGUGUAUUUCACCCAUGACCGGCCAAAGGUCAGAACCAGAUAGUUGACCGGUCAAAGAGUUCGAACUUGGAAGAGAGAUGGAUCAUCACUGGAAGGAUAGAGGGUUGACCCAAAAACUUGACCAGUAUGUUUCGGAUAGUAUACCGGUCAAACUAUGCCGGGGUCUAAUUCAUCCUUUGAAGUUAGCAGAUCCAACCCUCAAGAACCAACCGGUGCAGUUUUUAAUGAUUGGAAAGUGUCGGCAGGAAGAGUCCAAAAGGACUUGGACUGUUGUGACUGACAUUACUGGAGAAUCAGUGGAGAUGCCAAAGGAACUUUUCCAAACCAGAACACGACAAGGGCACAACACCACUCGCAAGAUGACAAGGCAGCUCAAGGACGAAACCAGUCACCUCGCACCACAUCAGCAGCAUGCCCCCACGUGGGCGCACGUGGUGCAAGCCACCAAUGAGGGUACCAGCAUCCCUGUGGCUGCUACCCUACCGGUCAUUUCAGCCCCGGUGUUGCCUUUGGGUCUGAGCUCAGUCUCAACGCCUAGCGUGAUCAGCCCAUUCACGACCCCCGUCCCUUCUGCUGGACCGAGGGUCACGUUCCCACCAAGCAUGACUCAGUUCAUGAAUGACCCAGCCAACCUACAAGCCAUCCAGGGCUUUGGCCAGGUCAUGGCCAUGUGCCAACAGAAUGGGGGGAUGCCUUUUCUCCCUGGUAUGUUCCCGUUUGCUCUUCCAGGCACGGGGACCGUGCCCCUACAAGCUCCAAUGGCAGUGACGCCGUUCCAGACGCCGAUGCCGCAGCCAUCACCCUUCCAGCCGCAGCUGGUCAGCACCAUGGCCCCUGUCAACUUGACUGGCGCGCUUAACACUGCAGGUCCGUCGCGUCCCCCGGCCCACAAGAAGAAGAAAGGAAAAAACAUCCGGCCAGCGACCUCCCGAAACUCCGCCUUCGAAAGGCUGGGGGAUAGGGAGGAAGGCCAGAGGAAGUCAGCCAAGCAAAGGCUGGGGCACAGCGUUGCCCAUGUCAGCGCGUUCGCCCGGCUAGGCGAGGUGCGGGAGGCCGAGCCUGCCCACACCCGGCGCUCCCAGUCUAACUGGCAGGAGCCAGCGAAGACGAGGGCCUCUCGUCAGGAGGAGGAAGCAGAGAGCCAGCCCAGGUUACCGGUGGCAAACCGGUUGACCAUCCCAAAUGACCGCGUCCAGCAGAUGGAGGCAAAACUGGAAAGGCUGGAAAAGAAGGUCGGGGAGAAGAAUGACCGGGACAAACCCCUGGCGAGGUCCCCGUUCACCACAAGGGUCCAUCUGACACCUUUCCCGCGAUUGGUCAAGAUCGACGCCCCAAGAUUCACCGGGAAGGAAGACCCGGAAAUCCAUCUGAACUCCUUCAACCAGAGUGCGACCAUGAACGGUUGCACCGAUGAAGAAAAGUGCCUUCUUUUCUUCCAGACCUUGCGGAACCGAGCCACUGAAUGGUUCAAUAAGCUUCGCCCGGGAAGCAUUGAUUCGUUUAGUGAUUUGGCCUCGAAGUUCAAGGCCAAGUUCCAGGAGAAUUGUACUAAGAGGAAGAAAUUCACCUAUCUUAGUACAGCCGGGCAGAGGGAGUCUGAGAACCUUACUCAGUUCCUUACCCGGUGGAAGGAAGAGGUAGACAAGGUGGAAAAGAUGGAUGACAAAACCGUCUUAUCCCUCCUCUUGAAUGGCUUGCGUGCCGGGGAACUAUACAAGGAGUUCUCCCGGAAACCCCCGGCCACGUACCAAGAGGCCUACCAUACUGCAUGGGAGUUUGCUGACGCUGAAACUCAACUCCGGGAGAAGAAAGAAGCCGAGCAUGGUUACAAGCCCAAGCCGGUGCAAGUCAAGAAGGAAGAAGCACCGGGACCUAGCAGGCCAAGACACCACUAUGACCCGGUCGUCCGUAUGGUCAAUACGGAAGAAUGCCAAGAAAUCCGAAAAGCACCGGUCAUUCCUCCAGAAAAUUCUACCGGUCAAACAGGGCGGCAGUGGUCGGGCACCUAUUGUUUGUACCACAGGUCAGAUUCCCAUAACACCUCCGAAUGCAAAAGUGUUAAGGGGGUCAUCCGGCAGAUGAUAGACAGUGGAGAGCUGGGCAAGGAUUACUUGCAGAAAGCCCAGGAGAAGAGUCAUCAAUGGGUUAGGCCAGCUGCCCCGGGAGAUGACCGGGACAACGACCGGCGGAGAAAUAUCCGGCCAAGGGAGCGGCAACCUGCUCCCAAAAAAGAGCACAUCGGCAUGAUCUUCGGCGGACCUGAGGGUGGAGAUUCAGCCGCGCAGCGGAAGAACUGGGUCCGGAGCAUUUACGUUGGUGAAGUAAGUGCUGAACUGCCCAGGCGUAAGCAUACUAGAAGGGAGCCGAUCGUCUUUACUGACCGGGAUCUCCCCCCUACCUGUGAAGAUCACAAUGAUCCAUUGGUCAUCACCAUGGACAUUAAUGGGGUGGAUGUCGCCCGAGUACUUGUUGACACUGGCAGCAGUGUCAACAUCUUACACCUGGAGACUUUCCAAAAACUCAGUCAAGAAGAUGACCAAGGGGUCAAUGUCAUCUCCCAAGAAGUCGCAAAGGGAGAGACCCGGGAAAAAUUGGAGCCCGAGGCCGAGACGGUGGAAAUCGAACUUCACCCGGGUGAUUCUUCGAGGAUGGUCAGAAUUGGAGCAAAACUCCCCGAGGAUCUCAAGGCAGAGAUUACACGGGUCCUCCAAGAAUACGCGGGCAUAUUCGCAUGGAGCGUGGCGGAUAUGCCCGGAAUAGAUCGCUCUGUUAUCUUCCACCGGUUGGCCGUGAGGGAAGGAAGUCGACCGGUACCUCAGAAGCGGUACCUGGCCAGUGACCGGCGAGACUUCGUCAAGAAGGAAGUGAAGGACCUCCUCAUUGUUGGUCACAUCCGGGAAGUCAAAUACCCGGAUUGGCUGGCCAACUCGGCCCAGAGUAUCAAAUCUGACUCUAGCCUGAUUGUUGGGCAAGUGACCGGUAACAUGGAAGCAAGGGAAGGACGCAUGGCACAAUACAAGGAGCUCGUGCUCGCCCUGUGGAAAGGCUUCGAGGAAUUCAAGAUCUCCCAAAUUCCCCGGGCGGAGAACGCGGAUGCAGACCUUCUCUCCAAGUUGACGCAGUAUGCCCCCGAGCAUGUUUCGAAACUUGCCCGGGUGGAGAUCCUGGAUCGAGCCAAUAUCGAAAAAUUGGAAGUCGCCGCUAUAGCAGCCGGAAGACAAUCUGACCGGUCAAACCUGGUCGGAGCGGACGACCAUUGGAUGUAUGAUCUGAUGGAAUAUUUGAUGGAUGGGAGCUUGCCAGAACAAGGUGACCGGGCAAGAAAAGUGAAGCUCAGGGCACCCCGAUUCCAGCCCCAGCAAAAUGAAGAAGAUCACUUGGCCGAGCUCAACUUGGUCGAAGAACGAACAAUGGCCGCGGAGGUUAAAAUGAGUACAUACCAACAAGUUGUGAACAAGUACCAUGACAACAAGGUUGGGCCGCGAUACUUCCAAGUUGGAGAUGAAGUCCUACGAAGAAGAGAAGCAAGUAGACCCGGUGAUGGAGGGAAGCUGGCAAAAAAACUGGGAAGGCCCAUACAGGGUUAGAGCCAUCAUUCGCCCAGGAACCUACCGGUUAGAAACUUUAGAUGGUGUACCGAUAGAAAGAACUUGGAAUUCCCACCAUCUUCGCAAGUUCUACAAAUGAUUGUAAUACUAGGCGAGGCCUAACUACAUUGUCAAUCAAAGUGAUGUUCAAUA